UUUAUCUGAUGCGAUUAACUCUAAUGACUAUAACUAGAUUAUAACUAAUUCUUGCUGUUGGAAAAACGUCCUUAACUAAUUUAUAUCUAUUUUUCUUUUCCAUCAUUCUGUCUAUGUUAACUGUUCUAACAGGUGCCAAGUAAUGAGUACUAGUCAAAUAUUUCAAGUAUUAGAAGGCCAUACCAGUGAUAUCACUGGAUGUGAUUUCAUGGGAGAUUAUUUAGCUACUUGUUCCAGUGACAAAACUAUUAAAAUUUGGGUCUAUGGUUCAAAUGGACAUUUUAUGGAGGCAGAAUUUUCACCACUUUUAGAACAUACUUAUGGCGUUAAUUGUGUUCGCUUCUCUCCAUUUGGAACCCUCUUAGCAUCUUGUUCAACUGAUGGAAAAGUUAUUCUUUGGAGUGUAUGGGAUGGAAUGAAAGUGUGUGAAAUGAAACAUUCAAGUGGCUCACCUAUUCGUGUUUGUUCAUUUUCGCCUACUGGUGCAAUGCUUGCAACUGGUGGUGAUGACGAAAAAGUAUUCUUAUGGGAUGUUGCAACUAAGUCAGCAAUUAGAGUUCUUGAAAGACAUGAAGCUAUGAUUAUGGCUUUGGCAUUUUCCCCAGAUGGUGCAUUCUUGCUUUCAUGUUCAACAGCUGGUGAUAUUUUGUUAUGGGAUGCUCGCUAUGGUCAUGGAAAAUGUUUAACAUCCGUAACUGAUGCACAUGAUUUAGGGGUCCUUUGCUGUGAUUUCAGCCCACAAUAUGAGGCAGUUUAUGAGAAUGGCUGUCUCUGUGGCACUUAUACGAUUGCUACUUGUGGCAAUGAUGAUCUUGUGAAAGUUUGGUACAUCAAAACUGGUUACACAAAAAGUGUAUCAUUAAUAAUGAAAUUGGAAGGACAUUCUGGAAAUGUGAUGUGUUGCCGAUUUUCUCCCGAUGGAAGGAUACUUGCUUCAACUGCUGGAGAUAGAAGCAUAACUUUAUGGAAUCCAAAUUCUGGGCAACUAUUAGAAAAGCUAGAAAAGCAUACCAGGUAUGUUACAUGCUGUGCUUUCUGGAAGUCUUUUCUUGUUUCUGGCUCAAAUGAUAAAACUGUUGUGAUAUGGUCUUUAAAUAAACAAGAACUAAUGAACACAGCUUUAAAGAUGUCCUCUGGAGAUGAACAAAAUUGUGUCUUCAUUGGGGAAAAACAUCAAAAUAUAACUUCUUGGUCUGUUGAUGAUGUAGCUAAUUGGUUAAAGUCUCUCAAGCUUGAAGGACUAACAGAAACAUUCCAAAGCAAUGCUAUAGAUGGAAAAGAGCUUUUAUACUUAACACAUGAAAAUUUACUUACAGCUCUGAAAGUUGAAAGUUUGGGUCAUCGAAAUAAAAUUUUACGAGGAAUUCAGAGUCUGAAGAAUCCCUUAUGGCAGCAUGUCAUGCCUGAAAAUGAUGAUGAAAUGGUCCUAAGUGAGUUUUACUGUCCUAUAACUCAUGAUGUGAUGAGGUGCCCAGUUGUUGCUGCAGAUGGCUACAGUUAUGAAAUGUCUGCAAUUCAGGAAUGGUUGGAUAAUGGAAAUGAAACAAGUCCAAUGACUAAUGAAAUACUUACUCACAAACAUCUCACUCCCAAUCAUGUGCUUUUACAGCUUAUACAGAAAUAUAGAAUAUAAAUUUUGUUAUAUUUGUAAAAAUUUAUUUUUAUAAGUGAUUGAUUGUUAUUUUUUGUGGUUUUUGUUUUCUUCUUUUUUUUUUUUUUUUUUUUUUUUUGAAUCUUUUAUGGUAGAUGUCAUAUUACUUAUUUAUAUGGUAUUAGAGUUUUAAAUUGUAAAAUUUUAUGUUACUAUUCAUUUCUGCUAAUGAGCAAACCUUCCUGAAGACUUGUUAAUUUUUUAAGAAAAUGUAUCUGUUUGAAUUUAUUGUCAGUGACUUAGAGCAUUUUUUGAAUGAGUCAUUGCUAAUUGUAUUUUCAGAUUUUAAUUGUUAAUAUUUUGAAUACAUUGCUGCAUGCAAAGGAUGAUUUUGUUCCCUUUCGUUUGAUCUCCUUUUGUUUCAGAUACAUAUUGCACGAUUUUGAAACAGCUCACAAAAAAAUGUCUUGUGACAUUUGUGAGUAGAACCUCGACGUUCAUCAUAUUUAAUUUUAUAUAUAUUGCAUACCUUUUCUUUAACAGAAAAUUGUACAGUAUGUAGAAAAUUAAACAUAUAUGUGUUGUGAUUUUUGUGCAUACUGUAUUUGUAUUUUAUUUUAUAAUACCAACAAUGUAUGUUUUUAGUCUUGAUUUUUUUGAAAUCAAAAUUAAAAAUUAAAAAAAGAAAGAAAAUCAGGAAUCGUUAAC